AUGGAUAACAACUACUUCAGAUUUCACUUAGAAGAUUUGAAAUCAGACUUGCAGAAAACCACUGAUAGUGAUUCUGACAGUGGACAGGGCAGCUGUGAAACAGGCUCUCCAGGUCACCUCAACAAGGAGAGAGCAUCUCUUGAUGACAGAGAUUCAGAGGAAGAGAUUUUUCUAAGUAAAAAAACAAAAAGCAAAAGGUUGCUUCGGGAUAGUGAAAGUGAACAUGAAGAAGAUAGUGGCUCUUCUAAAAAGAAUGAUACUCUGGGUGGAGUCAUGGAAAAUGGAGAGGAAAAGGAGAACAUUACUGCCCAGAAGAACAAAAAAUCUCAUCGAGUUCGCCAAGGUCUGCUGGAUAGUGAGGACAGUGACACUGGUGACCGAUUGCAAAUUGAAAACUUUGAAACGAGCAAAAAGUCGGACUUUCCUGAGAAUGAGUUGGGAGAGGAGAGACCCCUAAAAUCUGGGAAAAAAUACAGAAAACAUAAACAUGAUUUUGAAGAAGAGACAGCAAAAAAAUCUAUAGGAAAACCAAGGAGAAAAAAGGAGAAAGAAAGAAGGACUGAAUCCAUUAAGCAACUGAAAAAAGAAAAGAAACCUAGAGCAGAGCAGGUAGACGGUGGCGAGAGAUAUCCUUUUAACGACAGUGGAUGUCUUCUUGAUGACAAAGAACUUUUCGAUAAUGGUUUAGAAGAGGAAGAGGAAAAUGAUUCCCUCCCAGAAGAUGAGGAGUCAAUAGAAGCAAUACGAGCAGCAGUGAAAGACAAAAUUAAAAAAAAAAAGAACAAAGGCCUGUUUUCUGAGGAUGAAGGCUACAAACGUGUAUUUGAUGAUGAGAAUGAGGAACCCAUAUUAACAGAAACAAGGAGGAAGGAGCGGAAAGCAGCAAGGUUAAGUAAAGAAGCCAUUAAACAGCUACAUAGUGAGACCCAACGGCUCAUUCGAGAGUCAUCUCUGUCUCUUCCAUAUCAUGUGCCUGAGACCAAAAGCAUUCAUGACUUCUUCAAGCGUAGACCUCGACCAGUGUGCCAAGGAAAUGCCAUGUCAUUGCUGAAGUCCAUGAAGUAUCAGAUCUCCCUAGAUGAAGAAACUGCAGGUACAAAGAAUUUAAGCGUGGAUCACAAAGACGGGCGGAUAGAAGAUGAUCAAUCAGCGGCUAGUGAACCAGAAACAAGCCUUGGCAGAGAUGUUAAUACUACUGUGAACAAACUCCUUUCUGAUGAAGCAGAGGACUUUACAGAAGGCUGUGCUGAAAAGCCCAGGCAGGAUGAUGAUGAUUCUCAUACAGUUAGGACUGUAACAGCUGCUAAUAAUUCAGAAGAACAACAACACUCUAACUUGCUAAGCACUGACUGUAGUGAACAAAAGGAGAAUGGAAUUCCUCUGGCACCUGGAGGAAAUGCCCUUGAGCAAAACGUCACAGCACCAGAAGCAGCGUGUGAAGAACACGAUCAACAAGUGGCACCUAGAUUGGUGGCACAGCCUGAAAAAGUAAGGAAGUCCAAGUUGGAUAAACUUCGGGAACUGGGAAUAGACUUGUCCAUCAAGCCAAGGAUUUGUGCUGACAAUGAGUCCUUUAUAAACCUUGAUGAAUCUGAUUCAAAUAAAGAAUUAGAAGCCUUGAAAGCACGUUUCUUGAAGCACACUCUUCAAACGUCGAAAUCCAAAGUUGAACGGACCAUAAACAUGAACAUUAUUCGUAAGGAGACUACAUCUGAAGGAAAAGAGGAACUAAAAGCAGAUGUGGUGCCAGCAGUAUUAGUUACAGAAAGCUUAGAUGAAACAGUCCACACAAAGCCAGGUGAAAAGCUACAAGCUUUGAAGGCUAAACUCCAGGAGGCCAUGAAACUCCGCAGGAUUGAGGAACGCCAAAAGCGGCAAGCUCUCUUUAAACUGGAUAAUGAAGACAUGUUGGAGGAAGAAGAGGAGGAGGAGGAGGAGGAAGAAAUGACAUGCGAGUCUGAGGAAGAGGAAGAAGGCAAUCAUGAGACUGUGGAGUUUCUCCUUGGUGAGGCCGAGGAAGAUAAUGAAGAAGAGAAACACAUUGAAGAUGGUGAAAAAGAAACUGAUAAAGAAUCAAUUGAUGGAGAAAAGGUGGAUAAAACUGCACACUGUGACUCUGUUCCCAAACCAUCUUCAACGGAGUCUACGUUGAUGCUGUUUAAAGACAGCUCCUCCAAAAUGGGAUAUUCUCUUCCUGAUGAGAAACUUGAAAUAGAAGAAGCUGCAGACAAAGGACCUACCAAGUUAGAAGACGAUGAUUCAUUUUCUCUGCCAACACCAGCAAAAGAGAAUAGCCAUAACAGCAGCUUUGAGCUGAUUGGCUCCAUGAUUCCAUCAUAUCAGCCCUGCAACAAACAGAUGUCACGUGGAGGGAAUUUUUUAUCUGCAGCAGGAGGUUUCAGGUCCCCCUCCCCAGGUUUUUUCAAAACAAGCUUUAUCAGCUCUGCUUCCAAGAGCUCAGGAAAGAUGUCUGAGCCCUCUCUUCCCAUAGAAGAUUCCCAGGACCUGUAUAAUGCCUCUCCUGAGCCCAAGAGUUUAUUUCCAGGGCCUGGAGAAUCACAGUUUCAAUUUUCUCUGGAAGAUGACACUCAGAGCCAGCUGCUUGAUGCAGAUGGGUUUCUGAAUGUUGGACAACAUAGGAAUAAAUAUCAGUCCUCAAAGCAUCAGCUGACUCUGGCUAGUAUGGAUGAGAAUGCAAUGGAUGCCAACAUGGAUGAAUUAUUGGACUUGUGUUCUGGGCAGUUUAGCAGUCAAACUGAACACGUGCCAAAUACCAGCAGCAACAAAAAGCAAAACAUGGAAGAACUGCUCAAUCUUUGUUCAGGAAAAUUUGUGUCUCAGAGUUCUCCAACAUGGACAUCUUCAGCAUCUUCUAAGGCUGAAAAAGACAGUGACGUAGAAGAUCCAAUGGCAGAAGCUCUAGCGCUUUGUUCAGGCUCCUUCCCAACAGACAGGGAGGAAGAGGAAGAUGAGGAGGAGCAAGAAGAACUUGGUGAUUUUCAGCUUUUGACAGAUGACAAUGCCUUUGAUAGUGAAGAGGAUGAAAAGAGUGAGGAUGCUGAUGCUGAAGAGGCAGAAAUUAGUGAUGAAGAAGAACUGUUGAGACAUAGACAGGUCUUGAAGAAAAAACUAAAGCUACAGGAUUUCAUGGAAGAUGAGGCAGAGCUGUCAGGGAGUGAUGUGGGAAGUGAGGAUGAAUAUGAUGGCGAAGACCUGAACGAAUAUGAAGAAGAGAUUAUUGAUGAGGAACUCCCUACUGAUGUGGAAUUAGAAAAUCAAAUCCAGAAAUUACACAUGAAGGCAAUGCUUGAUGACGAUAAGCGUCAGUUACGCUUGUACCAAGAGAGGUAUCUUAUUGAUGGGGACCUACACAGUGAUGGCCCUGGCAGAAUGAGGAGAUUUAGAUGGAAGAACAUAGAUGAUGCUUCACAGAUUGACCUGUUUCAAAGAGAGUCAGAUAACGAUGAUGAAAAUGAAGAGCUUGAUGAGACAGAGGCAAAGUGGAGGAAAGAGCGAUUUGAGCGAGAACAGUGGCUUCGUGAGCAGAAGGAAAAAAAUGAAGAGCAGGAGGAGGAGGAGGAAGUCGGUGAAGAUAGCCAAUUUAUGAAACUAGCAAAAAAAGUAACUGCGAAGUCCUUACAGAAGAAAGCAAGCCCUGUAGUAGUGGUACAAGAAACAAAACUGUUGCCCAGAAACCCAUUUGAAGCUUUCAGACCUGCCAGUGACGUCCAGCUAAAAAAUGGGUCUCUCUUGAAUAGACCGAAAGCUGUACUUCAGAAACUAGCGGCAAUGUCAGAUCUUAAUCCAAAUGCUCCUCGAAAUUCAAGGAAUUUUGUCUUUCACACACUUUCUCCAGACAAGAGCGAAGAGGCAAAGGAGAAAUCAAAACUUCAGGUGAAGAAAAGAGGUCCUACUGCAAUAAUAACAUCCCUGGCCAAGCGGCCCAGGAUUAACAGCACAGCACAAACGAGUCCAAGUCCAAGUAUAUUCCAGUACUUGGAAAGCUGAAUAUUUUUGUUUAGGGCCGGAAGUUUUAUCUUAUCUCUUUGCCAGUUGCAGUUUAGUUUGCAAGUCUCUAACAGCGAUUAUCCAAAGGGAAAACAAUUGCUAUAUAUUCUUCGCUCUGCUUCCACUUAGCAAGUUCCAGUAAUUUCCAGGCAAUGGUCUUGUUUAUUCCACUUAGUCUUUUUCAAUGUUUUGUGGCAAACAAGAGAGCACAAAAUCCAUGCUUGGAUUGGAAUGAAAUGCUAACUUGGUCUCUGCCCGAGCCUUAAGGAAACUUACACUACUGUAUACAGUCCUCGCAGUCUCAAAUGUUUCAAUAGUAUCUCUUCAUUACUGAAAAAUACCAUUCAUGUGAUGGGUAUGAUGCAGAGAUGCUGCAAUAAGUUUAAAGCACAGAUGAAGGAGGUAUUCCUGCCAUUUUGGAUAAGAAGGAAGCAGUGUUAAAUACAGCAGGACACACGUUGUUUACACUUUCAUUACUAAGGUAACUAUGGCUCCCUUCAAUGUCUUAUUUUCUCUAACAUUAAAUAUUUACUAGUUGGCAUCUUGAGAUGUUCUAGUUUACGCUUGAAAUAUAUACUUAAGGGAAAAAAAAAAAAGCCCCAGUCUUUUAUGAGGCAGUAUGAUAGAGAUUUCUUUUCAAGUUUUUAUUACUGCUUAUAUUCAUACACAUGUCUGAAUGUGUGCGGAGAAGGAAGAAUGUGAAUGGCAGAUGUAGGAGAGGAAAAGGAGAUGUGCAGGUUUUUUGUUUGCUUUGGUUUUGGAGUUUUUUGUUUUGUUAUGAACAACUGAAGACUCUCUUAAAUUAUCUGUCCCCUUGUUUUCAUUCAAGCUGCAGUCCUCCAUGACAAAUCAUCCAUUUCUGAACAGCUAGAAAUGAAAGGCCUUCCCUAGAAUGAGGAAAUGAGAUAAUAAGGAACCAUUAUUCACAGCUAUUCUAGAUUGUGUGAAAGAAACUUAAGACGCAAUUAGAAUAUACAGCCUCUCUGAUUAUACGCUGAAUGUGUAGAAGUAGAGACUUGAUUAUAGUGAUACAGUGGCCUGUUCUGUAACACUAAACAUCUUCCUAAGACUUCAUUUCAAAUACUUAUGUUGCUGACUCUGUCAGAGAAGAAUCCUGAACUGUAAAUUUUGUAACAUCAUAAGCAUACACUUGGUGUGCUACAUGUAAAAUAUUCUACUGUAUAUUAUGUUUAUAAAGAGUUAUGGUA